AGUUUUGUUGCAGGUUUUUCUUUUGUUUGAUUUACGGUUUUGUAGGGCCCUCCAUCUGUAGAAUCAUCUAUCUUCAGACGAAGCAUCCUUCACCUUUUUGUCCAAAAAUGGAAGUAUUGAGUGGAGAAAUUAAAGAAUUGCAAAGGGAUCCGUUUAUGGUAGAGGGUAGUAACCGCGCCGAUCACCUCGCAUUGGAUGUCCAUUGGACAUCCAAGUACAAAACAUUGCUUUUAGAGGAUUCUACCACGUCCCCAAACACCUGCAUCUUCAGAAUUCCAGCCCCACUCAAGAGGCAAAAUCGACAGGCUUAUGAGCCUUAUUUCUUUUCACUUGGUCCCUGGCACUUUCGCCAACCACACCUGAUGGAUGCUCAAAAGUACAAAAUGAACUUUCUUGAACAACUUGUUGGGCGUUUCCCAAUUUCAAAAGAUAAGAUUAAAGAGUUGGAAGAAAUCAUAUCAGAGGUGCUGAUCGAGGCUUCUGAAUGCUACGGAGGUUGGGGGGCCAUCAAUGUCGAGAGCAGAGAAGAAUUUGGGAAAAUUUUGCUGUUGGAUGGCUGCUUUGUUAUUGAGAUGCUUCGGAAGAGUGCUGGUCUCAUACGGUUAAGCGAACAUGACCAGCCAAUCUUCUCCAAUGCCAUGAAUUCGAUUUGGUAUCAUGACCUGUUUUUGAUAGAAAACCAAAUACCUUGGUUUGUGCUUGAGCGCUUGUAUGAGUCGAUCAGAGUCUCUGAACAAGACAAGCCUUUGGUUGACAUUGCAAUUGAUGCCUUCUUCUGGAUAUUUUCAUAUGAUAAGUUUAAACUUCAGAUACAGGCAGAUCGCAUUGGCCGUGAAGGGAUCAACCACAUCCUCGAUCUUGCAUGGCAUUAUUUGGGCUGGUCGUCAGAAACCGAAUGCAAAGAUUUUAGAAAAAACAGGCAUAAUAUUCCUUCUGCUAGUAGGCUUCGAGAGGCAGGAGUCAAAUUCAGAAGAUCAGUGGAGUCGAGAAGAAUCUUGGAUGUAAGGUUCAACAAAACUGAAGGUGUUCUCGAAAUCCCAUCUUUACUUAUUCACCCAACAACAGAAACACUCUUCCGAAACCUCAUCAGCUAUGAGCAAUGCUAUCGUUUCUAUCCUUCUAAAGUCACCUGUUAUGCGAAGCUCCUAAAUGGACUUGUGGACACCCCUGAGGAUGUGGAUUUACUGUCCAGAAAAGACAGUUUUAAUAACUGGCUAAGCCCUGAAGAUGUGUCUGACUUCCUCAACAGACUACACAAUGGCACCAAUAUGGACUGUUUGUAUUAUGCUCGACUUUGCUCGGAUGUGAGAGAUUAUUGCAAGAGGUGGUGGCCAAAAUGGCGAGCUUUUUACAUCCACAACUAUUUUACUAAGCCAUGGGCUAUUAUUUCUCAAAUUUUUGCCAUUACCAUUUUGGUUCUCACGAUCUUACAGGUCAUACCAUCUUGGUCCUCACAAUCUUACAUGUCAUUUUUAAGUAAUAACUAUUUGUUUCCUGAUGCUUGAGACAAUUUAUAUAUUUAGGUACAAAUUAUGUUGUUAACAUGUGUAUUGAAUAAUUUUUAGACUUUCAUAUAUAGAUUAUAAUUUCUGUUUGUAUAACAUAUAUCUGUUGAAAUGUAUGUAUAUAUAUUUGUCAGUUAAACUUGAAUGUGCUUAUAUAUAAAACUCAUCAUUGUGUUUCUCUAUUUUAUCUUAUAUAUACUAAAUAAAAGGAUUGAUGUUGA